AUUUCCCAUCUUUCAAAAGCAUAACAAAUCCAUAUCCCACCUGCCACUGAAUUUUUUACCAAUCCUUUUCCAUGGAAUAUGAGAAAGCACCCCUAAAGAUUGAAAAGGAAGAUGUUUUGCUUGUAAAACCAUCAAAAUCCACUCCAUCUUGUAUUCUUUCUCUGUCAACACUUGACAAUAAAGGUGCCAAUAAUAACAUUGUCCAGACAGUUCAUGUAUACCGAUCAUCAUCAGCAAUUCAUGACUAUGAUUCCAGUUUCAACCCUUGUCAUAUAUUCAAAGAAGCGUUGUCCAAGGCUUUGUUUUAUUAUUAUCCUCUAGCAGGUAGACUGGUGAGACAUGCCGAUGGAAAAUUUAGAGUCAAGAUCAAUAUCGACAGUGCAGAAUUUGGCGUUCCGUUCUUGGAAGCAACUGCUAACUGCACACUUUCUUCCCUUCAUUACCUGGACAAUACUAACACUGAAAUUGCAAAACAUUUGGUGCUUGAUUUUCCUACUCCUCAGGAUAAAAAUUACCCUUUGGUGUUAAUGGUGACAAAAUUUCUCUGUGGUGGUUUCACAAUUGGAAUGGGGAUGUCACAUGCUAUUUGUGACGGAUUUGGUGCAUCACAAUUCUUCAAAGCAGUUGUUGAACUUGCAAGAGGAAGAACUGAGCCAUCUGUGAAACCUGUGUGGGAAAGAGAAACACAAGUUGGAUCAAUAGCUAUACAACCUUUUCCACAAUGUCCCAUGGACAGAAAAUCUGUUGCAUUUUCACCCUUUGUGAAUCAAACUAAUACUACAAUUAUUAAGCAAUAUUCUUUUAAAGUAGAGGGCGAAACGAUAACAAGACUUAAGUUGAGUUUGAUGAAUAAAAGUGAAAAAAUAGGGUUUACAACUUUUGAAGUUCUUGCAGGUUAUGUGUGGAGGUCAAGAGCAAGAGCCUUAAAGCUUAGCAGCAAUGAUAAAACAAUGCUGAAUAUGUUAGUUGGUAUGAGACGUAACUUGAUGGAUUUUGAUACUUUACCGAAAGGGUAUUACGGGAAUUCUACCAUGGAUGCAAAAGUUGUUUUAAAAGUGAGUGAGCUCGAUGAAAUGCCACUCUAUGAAAUUGUUAAGCUGAUUAAAGAGACUAAAAAUAUUUCUUUCACCACUGAUUAUGUUACUAAUUCAAUCAACUCUGUGGAGACAAAUCAAGAGGAGGAUUUCAGCAUGGAAUUGGAAGCAAGUGGUGCAGUAACAGUUUUGACAGAGUGGAAGCAUUUGGGUUUUCAUGAAAAUAUAGAUUUUGGAGGCUAUGAAGUUGUGAAUUUAGUACCAGCACCGUGCAAGAUGCUUGCUACCGUUGAUGCGUGCAUUUUCUCGUCUCCUAAUAAACUUGAUGAUCAUGAUCCAUCAAUGGAUGGAGGAGUUAGGAUUUUCACAUCACUCCCUGUUGAUGCCAUGCCUAAGUUCAAGGACGAAAUUGAAGCUUUAAGGUUUCUUUACUCGAAGUUGUAGGUGAUCCACACUAUAACAUUGUAAUCACUUUGUCAUGAUUAUGUAUUUUGUUUUAUUACUACUAUAAAUUAUUUCUAAAUAAUUGUACAACUGUGCCAUUUUAUUAUAUGUAAAUGUCAUAUGGAUGAUUUUGUUUGUA